AUGCUCGCGACAGCUGCUUGUUUCCAUGGAGCUGAUACAAGCUAAAGCGGCGGAUUAGCUAACAGCUAGUUAGUUAGCUCGUUGUUUAAGGUUUCUUUUUGUUAUCACACGGCUUUCAGGAUGUCAGGACGAGAACAAAUCGAGACUCUGUUUUCAUUUGAGCUUUUGGUGGAAUCCAUCCGAGUGGAGAAAGAAAGUCAAGUUUCCGACGAGCUUGCUCUGGGAGUAAGACUGCUGGAUUUCCCAACGCUGCUCAUUUAUCAGCCUGAGAAAAGCAAUGCUGGAGGGAACCAACAUGCACACAAUGGAAAGGAUCAGCAGGGGGGAUAUGCCUUCAACAGAGGGAAGUCUUGUUUCUUCAAAAUGAACCUGAACGCACUGUUUACCCAUCUAUCCAACACUCCUCUGUAUGCUAUGGUGCUGGAUGUGAAAGAAGAGAUCCCCAAAUUAGUUGGUACCUCUCUUGUGUCACUGGCGAAAGCGAUGGACAGAAUCAGGCAGGAUGUGAGUGAACGUGGUGUUUCUACUCCCUCGUCUCAUGGUGAAAGGGGGGUUGUGGGUGUAUGCAACCUCAUGGGGGAGAACAUUGGAUCAAUUUCCCUGAGUUACAAACUUCUAAGUCUGGGAGCUAGUUUACUGCCACACAUCACAGAAAGAAAGGGACUUCGCAGUGCACAUGGCGGAAAACAUUUACAAAAAAGCCUCAUGGAGAAACAAAUCACAGCAUCAGUGGCUCUUGAUGAGAAUACUUUAAUACAUGAGGAUAAUCAGGACAAUGGUGUUCCUGUUGUCCUGCAGAGUGAACACAAGCCAGGGAGACAAAUGCCCCAGACGCAUGAAGAAACUGAAAAUAAUUUUGAAGAAGAUGUUUUUUGUCCGCCACAUCUCUUCUACAAUAAUUCUGCAGAGAAAAAGCACACACAUAAAGAAAGGGAUUGCCCUGUACUGAAUUUAGACUCUGAGGCUUUCACAUUUGAAGACACUGAAGAUGAAACGAGUGAAUAUACAAAUGAACUUGCAAGUGCUCCAAUGAUUGAGCAGAAAGUAAGACGUGAAAAAACUACAAAAAAACAAGACACAAGCGGGGCGACUCCAAAUGUCCUCGGGGAAGCCUUACGACAGUUGCCUCUGUUAAACGCUCUUCUUGUUGAGCUGUCACAGUUGAAUGGUCAGAACUCAGACCAGCCUCUGUCUAUACAUCCCAAUCUAUCAUGGAUUUACAGGCCGGCAUCCACAGAGCCUUUCGCUGGCCAUGGAAACACACCAGGAGAGGUUUCCAAACAGGGAACUAGUCCCAACUUAAAGCAUGUACAUUCACCCAGAUCCUGUUCUACACCUGCAUCUGUUAAAGUGAGAGACAAACAGGAAGAGGCUAAAAGCUCCAGCAAAUCUCCUCACAAGAAGCUUGUGUAUGGUACGACUAAAACAUUCAAUCUGAGGCUGAAGAACAUUUCGCCUCUUAAAGUGAAACGACGGGAAUGCAUGGCCUUAAUACAACGUGAAACACAGUCAAGUAUCAACAAAGCUAAGACUAAGUCAAGUAAUACGAUUGUGAAGUCCAGCAAAAGAAAAUCGGGCUCCAGUCUAAAUGAAAAUGUCGAGACAAUGAUGCAAAACAUCGCAGCGGACUCUGAAUUUCAGGGCACAUUCACACUAAAACAUGGCAAAGCUCGAGGUGAAAAAGACACCGUUUUGAGAGAUUCAGGAAAAUCUCUUUCUGAAAAAGACUUGAAGUGUGUUCACAUCCCAGGGGUGGAAGGGGAUCAUGUUACCCAAAAUAAAGAAGAGCAUCACGGUGACUCGGAUCAAGUGAAAUCACAGUCUGAAUCUGACAGGCAUAUAGAACCAUUUGAAUCUUCAGGAAGCAGCAGACAUAGCAGCCUCAAAUCUUCAUUUUCAGACUCCAGCGAGGAAGGAGACGAGGACGCAGACUACGCUGAUGACUUUAACAGCCUGGAGCCCAGCGAUGCCUACUCCCCUGACCCCCUGAGCAGCCCCGAGCCCACCAGAGCCAAGACCCCAUGCUCUCCUCUCCACCACUCUGACUCAGAAUGGGUUCAGAAGAGAGCCGUCCUCCCCAUGCCCAUCAAAGCCCCCCGCUCUCCACAGCACGCUCUGAGGGGGACGCACACAAUAAUCCAAGCCCGAUCCCAGGCCUCGGCCCUCAGCUUCUCCUCCGAUGACAGUGACCUAGACGGGUCCAGCUCCUUGCAGACCAUAUGCUCCAGAAGACAGAGGACAGUGAGCAGUAGAGUGGGAAAGAGAUCUGAUGCUGAGAGUCUGAUAUCAUCCAGAGGUAAACGGAGUGGGUCAUCCAAGAACAGCGGUCCUGUGGGAGGGUCUUCUGCUGAGUCAGUGUCCUCCUUUGAACAGCAGGAGGUGGAGGAACUGGAGGAUGAGCUUGGGUCUCUGGAUUUCAGAAAGGAGUAUAAGCAUAUGUCUGAGCUAGUGGCCAACAAACUCCCUGGUUAUACCAUGUAAAGAAAACAUUUAUAGAAUUCUACAUUAAGGUUACAAUAUUUCCAAAUGGCAAUGUUCCAGCAAAUAUGUACAUUUGUAUGUAAAAAAUGUUGUGUGUAAUAUCUGAUACCUUUGAAUAAAGAAUCUUCUUUCGUGGAAAUAA